AAUAGUGUGAAAACUGAAAACUCAAAACUUAUAAAAACAAAUAUUAUAAACACUAAAUAUAAAAUUUAUAUUUCUCUAAAUAAAUAGAAAAACGAAAGAACAAAUAAAUAUUAAAUUGUGGCCAGAAAAUGUUAAUAUCUGUAAAAAUUUUCAAGAAAACGGAGUAUAUUACCAUUAAGACUUGAAUAUAAAAAUAAACUUUCAUUUAACGCCCACAAACGGAGAGAAUGGAUGAGGAAAGCAAGUAUAAAUUUGCAGCGUGCACUUACUUCGCAAAAAACCACCCAGGAGAAACAUGCGGCAGUAAUGGACUACCCCUGACACCAAGUUCUGUAACAAUAUUGGGCCGGGCACAACGAUUGCUGACCAUAGAACAUGUUAACCUUUGCACUUAUCUGGAUAUAAUUCGCGGAAAACAUGAAAGGAUCAUUGUAGUAGCUGAAACAAUUGGCAAAUCUUUAUCUGAACAUACAUCAAAGUUUUCAAACCAGGAAGUGCUAAAUAUAUCUACUCAGGUGGCAACAGCAAUGAACUUUCUCCACAAACAGGAUGUUGUCCACAGAACUCUAUCUGAUGAUAACAUUCUUGUAGAUUGCUGUGGAAGGGUUAAGCUCUUUAAUUAUGGAAUGUAUUACAUGACAGAUGGUGGUAAAGAAGUUCCGUUCCCACUAGGUAUCCCAAGAUAUUUAAGUCCGGAAACAAUAUUGGGUGGUGCCGGCCCUGCUGCUGAUGUUUGGAGCUUUGGUAUUAUACUUCUAGAGCUAUGCAUUGGUAAACUAUGGAAUAAUUUAAAACCAGGACCAAUCCUUAGAAGAAUUCUUACAUUAGUGCAUGCCAGUAAUCCUGCAGAAAGAAUAGCUAGAGAACAUGAUUGUUUCGAUGCAUAUAAGGGAUUGCCCCAAAGUGUUAGAGAUAUAAUUGAAAAAUGUUUAAAAAUAUAUCCUGGUGAAAGGGCAACAUUUGAAGAACUGGUUGCUGAAUUGAGUUUGCUAAAUACAGAGAAGCCACUUGAUAUAAAGCGUCCAAGAGGCCUCUUGGACUGUAAGUUGCAGUUUCUGUACCAUUGGUGGCAGUUAGCUGGUGGUGACAUAAUGGCGGAAUUAAAAAAGAAUGGAUUAGUGAAGCAUAAUCCUCCUAUAUUGACCAUGCCUAUAGCUAUACUCCUUGACGGUUGUCCUGUCGGUGGAAAAAAGAAUAUUUUAUUUGACAGACGGAUCGCCAAGUACAGUAUAGACAUAUUAAAUAAACGUUUGGCACACAUUCUUAUCCAGGAUUACUAUCCAUUGAUUCAGGAGAGAAAGAGAGAGUAUGAUGGUAUCACUUUGCCCAAGAUCAUACGAGAAAAAGACACGGAGUAUCAGUUCCAUAGGCUCAUAUGGUUCGAGCGGUUGUUGCAUGGGUAUCCGCACACCGUGCAAUAUAUACGGGCAGAGGCGGAGAUCGACAUCCCGCCCAUGGUAAGAGGUGAUGUGUGGGCGGCUUUACUGGGAGUAGUCGGAGAUAUAGAGGAGCAGUAUGAGAGGAUCGAUAAGGAAACGCCUACCCCUACCGACAGACAGAUCGACGUAGAUAUUCCUCGCUGCCACCAGUACUGUUGGUUGCUCUGUGGCAGCGCCGGACAUCGAACCCUCAAGAGGCUCCUUAAAGCGUGGCUGCUGACCAACCCGCAGUAUGUGUACUGGCAAGGGCUCGACUCACUCACAGCACCCUUCUUGUAUCUCAACUUCUGCAAUGAAGCUCGCGCAUUUGCGUGUCUCUCCGCGUUUGUCCCUAAGUUCCUCCACAAGUUUUUCCUGAAGGACAACAGUGCUGUGAUCAAGGAGUACCUGGCUAAGUUCUGGCAGAUCACGGGCUUCCACGAGCCAGAGCUGGCGGCUCAUCUGCACGACAUCAGCUUUGUGCCAGAACUCUUCGCCAUUCCGUGGUUCCUCACUAUGUUCUCACAUGUGUUUCCACUGCACAAGAUAGUCCACUUGUGGGACGCGUUGCUGGUCGAGGGACCGUCUUUGCCCUUGUACAUGGGAGUGGGCAUACUGAAGCAACUGCGGGAGACAUUACUGGACUCUGGUUUCAAUGAGUGUAUAUUGCUGUUCUCUGAUUUGCCGGAGAUCGAUAUUGGCAAGUGUGUGACGGAAUCUAUCGAGAUGUGCCGCAACACUCCCCGCAGCAUCAGCUACAGGAGAUUCAGUAACGCGCCGCACGUCACAGAGCCCAUGGAUGUAGUAGAAGUACCGAUGGAAACGUUGCUGAACGAGAUCUGUCCCAGGAUAAACAUGAGUGACUUCUUCUCCCUCAUGUGCCAAGACAAAUGCUGUGUGGUGGACAUACGAUCCAAUUUGCUGUUCGAGAAGAGUUGCAUAGAGGGAAGUAUCAACGUACCGUACAGCGGAGUUCAACUAGGACACCUCGAGCUGAGGUCUCUGGGUCUUCAUCCCAGUAAGGUGCUGACAGACGCCGUGACCAACAAGAAGACGGUCAUCAUUGCUUCUGCUGAAGAUGAAACUGCGCAGUUGUUCAGUGAAUACCUCGUGAAGUGUAAGGUGGCUCGUGUCUGUAUAUUGCACGGCGGGGUGUCUGCUGCUCAUUCGCUCCUCCCCUCCAUCUUCAGCGUGCCGCCCAAGAGGAACGGACAUAAAUAACUUAUAUACUUAUUUAUUAUGUAGUGAAAUUGAGUCUUGUUGACUCAGUCAACUCGGCAGGCCACAAUAUCGGAGUUCAUAUUUCAUAACGACAAUUAUCCCUAAUGGUAUUGUCAAUCAUAAUUGUGAACCGAACUGAGAGCAUGGAGAAUUUGAACCGAAGCGGAGUCGUGAAACACGUACGUGGUACGGGGAACGUGUACAGAGUAGGCGUGGCUCAAAAAAUAAAAAUAAAUUAUGUUUAAAAAAACCGACUUCAAAAACUGAGAAGUAUCAAAUAAUUAAAAAAUAAUUUAAUACACCUUUUAUGCAAACCUUUACCUUUAAUAUUAAUAAAACACUAUUAUUUAUAUGUGCUACCUAUUGAUAGAUUUUAAGUCAGUGUCAAGUCCUAAACAAAAUAAAAGUUAAUAUUAUAAACAGCUUUCUAACUGUAAUUAUUUAGGUUGUCUGGCCACGCGUGUCUGUCCGCUUGGGUUGUUUUGUUUUAGACGAAGCUAUCCCGCUCUAAGUCACGCGUGGCGAGUAUAGGUACUUACUAUAACAUUUGGUUUGGCACCGACUUCAAAGCUAUCAAUAUGAAGCACAUACAAAUAAGGGUAUUUUAUUAAAAUUAAAGGUAAAGGUUUGCAUAAGAGGUGUAUUCAGUUAAUUUUUUAGUUAUGUGAUACUUUUCAGUUUUUGAAGUUGGUUUUUUAAACAUAGUUUUUUUUAUUUUUUACGUUAUAGUGUCAGUUAAUAAUAAUAUAUAAUCAACCUUCAAAAAAACCGUACACAAAAAACGUAAAACAAUUAAGUCAUCCAGGUAGACGAAAUUCUUUUAUAUAAAUGUUCAUAAAAUUAAAACUACUUGGCCAAACUAUGUAAAAUUUUUAUGGGACCAAAUGGCAUCUAUUUCGCAAAGAAGAAUUACGUAAAUCGGAUCAUAAAUCUCAGAGUAAUCGGUGUACAUACAUAAAAAAAUACCGAUCGAAUUGAUAACCUUUUUUUUUGAAGUCGGUUUAAAACUGAAAGUGAACCGUGGCGGGUCCGCGCUGCUCGUGUCCAAGUUAUAAAUAAACACGACCGUCGCGUCUCACAGUCGCUGUCUGUCUGACGUCGGUCAUACAAAGGCAGCUGAUACCUCUGUCUCGCUCAUACCUCGCGUCGCGCUCGCCGCUGGUCUGUCCUGGUCACUGACCUCUACUAUAUAACGGUGGACUAGCGGCUGUCAAAGUGCUUUUGUCUCUGUUUGAUAUUCGCCAUUUUGGUGCUGUUGGCCAUGUAGCGAGAGUCUGCGGUACUAAAACUAGUGAUGACAACAAAGUUGGUGGGAAACUAUUUCCAAAAAAAAAUAUGUACUUUAUGACGUUGAUUCUUGAAGUGUAAAUAACACGAGAAACGAACGAAAUUAAUUCAAAAUGUAAAAAUAGUUCAGAGUAUUGUACGUUCCUUCGCAGCCAUUUGUAUUAUACGUCAAAAUUAGUUCUUUGGACACUCGCUAGUGACGCUUCAAAUAGGCACUAAUAAUUUGCUGUCAUAAUAUGUAUGUAAUAAGGAACAGCCUCCCCUAACGUAUUCAGUUUGCUUUGUGACUAGAUUCAUGCCAUACUAUACACGACAAAAUGAAAACACUUCCCCAGGCUUUCGAUUCGCUGUCUGUUUGACAACAGCUGUAGUCACUAUUUAAGUGUUAAUUUCAUUAACUUGUGACUAUAAAUACCUUGAAAUGUUUAAUAAAUAAAGUCCAUUGGAGAAAUGAACCUCGUUCAUUUAAGAGUAGUUACAGUCAUAUAAUAAGUUCCAUCUAGUCUCUAAUCUAAUCUAAAUCUAAAAAGCUGGUAACGCUCCUGUGACUCCUCUGGUGUUGUAAGAGAAUGUGGGCGGCGGUGAUUACUUAACACCAGGUGACCUGUACACUCGUAUGUCCUUUUUCCAUAAAAAAGUCUCAGUUUUAUGGAACAAAUAGAAUAUAUUCGGUGUAGUAUCGUAUAACGCUACGUCUUAAAAGUCGAUUUGUAAUGCGUUACUAUUCACAUAAUAAUUGUAACUGAUAUACAGAUGCACCAACUACACGUUCGGAGUUAAUGAAGUUCCAUUAAAAAGCUCUGUGAUUCGUUCAUGACUGGAAUAAAAAAACAUUUUAAUGUAUAAACAAAAUAAUGUAAACCACUUUAGUGUAAGAAAAAUAAUAUUGUUUAUUAAAUUAUGAUUUGUUUAUAUUGAAAUAUAAUUAUAAUCAUAUAAUUCUUAUUGUAGAUAAAUGUUAAAUUAAAUAUCAAAAUACGCAUACAA